AUGGAGAAGGAGAGGAAGCAGGGGUUCUUCGCUGCGCUCAAGGAGGAGGUCGUACGGGGGCUGUCGCCGGCGAGCUCCAGAGGCAAGUCCCCGGCGCCGCCGCGGAGCGCGUCGCCGGUGAGGAUGCUGGUCCCGCGCCGGAGCAAGGCGCCCGCGGCUCCGCCGCCGCCGCCGCUGUCUGAGAAGGUGCUGCAGCAGUACCUCGGGGAGCAGCUCGUGGCCCGCUCGGGCAGCCUGCGCCUCGGCGGGGAGGCACUGGCGCCGCUCAUCGAGGGGCCCGAGGCCGAGCGCCUCGCCGUUGGCGACCCCGACGCCGAGGACUCCGGCCGCCGCGAGGGGUUCGGGCACUGGGUCUACGGCCACCUGACGCGCACGCCGUCCAUGGCCUCCUCUGCCGCAGCUGCUGCUGGUGGUCCCGGCGGGUCCAGCGGCUCGUUGUUUCACGCUCGUGGGUCGCCGGAGCCGCCGCUCGCGUCGAGUCCGUAG